UCUCAAACAAUCUCAAAUACUGAAACCAAAAACCUGACCUGCAAACAUUUGGAGCACAGAAAACGAGAAGGGGCAAUUACACCGAUGACAAUGAAAACUCACUCUUCUGUUUUUACCAAAUUCAGUAACUUCCCCGUAUUCUCACAAUUCCUACCACAGGCCUGAAAUUUUUGUCUGCAAAGCCAUGGCUUUGAGAUCUUCUGGUCGAAGGCUCUCCUUCGAGAUUCUAAGCAGAAGUAGCAACUUAGAGGAAGAGGAAUCGCUAUUGCUUUACCGAUCACAAUCGGAUCCAAUACCGGGAAAAUACGUUGUGGAGUCCCUCGCUUCAUCGUCUCGCGAGAUGCCGAUGGGAAGUAGGAGGAAGAAGAAGCAUAAAGGAUCGAAGAGAAAGAGGGCGACAGAGUUGUUGAAAAUCCCCGAAAAUGAUGUCCUGACUGAAAACCGUGCAGAGGAUCUGAAUUCUGUUUCUACCACUGCGAAUGAUUCGAGAAUCGGCGAAAACGUGUUGUAUGAGAACAGAAGCAGUUAUUGCGGCGGUGGUGGAGGGAGCUUGGUGACUACAGUGGAGGAGGAGAGUGUGUAUCAGAAUGCGUAUAAUUUUGGAGAACUGAGACAAAGAAAUGUGAAUUCCAGUGGCAAUGUGAAUGUCGAGGAUGCUAUGUCUGAGUCAAGGUUUGACAACGAGAGUCGAGUGGAGGAGAGCGUUGGGGAGGUUAGCUCCACGGAGAAGGCGCCCCAACUGCCGCAGCAAUGGAGAAGUGAGCAGAACGGACAUGUGGAAACGAAGCUAGAGACUGCCGGAUCUUUGGAUUGGAAGCGACUAAUGGCCGAGGAUCCUAAUUACCUCUUUUCUGAGGAAAAGUCUCCAUUGAAAUACUUCGUGGAAGAAAUGUGCAAUGGAAAUUCAUUAAGGAGCACAACAAAUCUAGGCACUGAGAAAGAGAGGGAGAGGGUAUAUGAUACUAUCUUCCGAUUGCCAUGGAGAUGCGAAGCGCUUAUAGAUGUCGGCUUCUUUGUCUGCUUUGAUUCAUUUCUAUCAUUGUUAACUAUCAUGCCAACAAGGCUCGCGGCGACUGUUUGGAGGAUUCUUAUUAAGAGGCAGUUCAAGAGGCCUUCUGCAGCAGAGCUGUCUGAUUUUGGCUGCUUUCUUGUACUAAUCGUUGGGGUCAUUCUUUUGGAGCGAACAGAUAUCAGCUUAAUAUAUCACAUGAUUCGAGGUCAAGGGACAAUUAAACUCUAUGUGGUGUACAAUGUGUUGGAGAUAUUUGACAAACUAUGCCAAAAUUUUUGCGGUGAUGUAUUGCAAACACUGUUUAAUUCUGCUGAAGGAGUUGCCAAUUGUUCUCAUGAAAAGAUGAGAUUUUGGAUUUGGAGAUUCAUUUCAGACCAAGCAUUGACCAUGGCGGCGUCAAUUUUUCAUUCUUUUAUUUUGUUAGCUCAGGCAAUUACGCUAUCAACAUCUAUUAUAGCUCACAACAAUGCGUUGCUUGCUCUGUUGGUAUCCAAUAACUUUUCUGAGAUAAAAAGCAAUGUGUUCAAACGUUUCAGCAAGGAUAAUAUUCACAGUCUGGCUUACGCUGAUUCAAUAGAGAGAUUCCACAUUUCAGCAUUUCUCUUAUUCGUUUUAGCUCAAAAUCUUCUGGAGGCUGAGGGUCCUUGGUUUGAAAGUUUUCUUUUGAAUGCUCUUAUGGUUUUCGUUUGUGAAAUGUUAAUCGAUAUCAUUAAACAUUCGUUCCUUGCCAAAUUCAAUGGCAUCAAGCCCAUUGCAUACUCUGAGUUUCUAGAAGAGCUUUGCAAACAGACUUUGAAUAUUCAAUCUGAAGCCGAGAAGAGUCUGACUUUUGUUCCUCUGGCACCAGCUUGUGUGGUUAUUCGGGUGCUCACUCCUGUAUUUGCGGCUCAUUUGCCUUGUAAUCCCCUUCCGUGGAGGAUCUUCUGGAUUCUCCUUUUGUCUGCCAUGACUUAUAUUAUGCUGACAAGCCUAAAAGUUUUGAUUGGUAUGGGCCUACAGAAGCAUGCCACUUGGUAUGUGAAUAGGUGCCGGAAGAGGAACUACCAUCUUCACUUUGAUUAAUUUAAACAAGAAUUGUACAAUCUCAUUAGAAGCAUCUGGCUCUUUCAAGUGCUGCUUACUUUUUCACAUACGUAUACCUGGUGUAAAGAAAUAAGACCUCAAUUAAAGCAACAAAUAUCUAUAUGGAUUGAGGUAUGUGAACAACCAGCAACAGAUCUCUAAUGGAUUGAGGUCUCUGAGCAACAAGGCAUGAUAUCAAGAACAGAUUUCAACUUCCAUGCAGCAAACUGUUUAGUAUUUGAGAAAUUGAGUUUCAUAGAGGUCUACCCGCAAUUUUGUCAUAGGAUUGAUUGCUGAUUUCAGAACAUGACUUCAUACACAGAGAAUCAGAGAUUACCAAGCUCCGCCAAUUACUUUGAAAUUUAUUUAUGGGGGUGCUUCCUUCAUAGAUAUACCCUUUGAGUAUUUUUCUAAAAAAAAAAAAUGAAGACAAACAAUUAGAGAAAAUGUAAAUUUAUACUCUUGCAUAAUUGCUGCUAAUUUAAUUUAUUUCAA